UGUGAAUUCACAAGAGUUUCUGAGAAUGUUUCUGGUGAUUUAAUAUUUUGGAUGGAAUGCAUGCAUUGCAUUAGUAUGUGGCAACUGUGUUGUCUGGUGCGCCAACUACACCAUUGGUUACAAUAGCAAUGACAAAAAUUAUUGAUGGGGUGUUAGAGAAAAACAAUUUGCCUGGUGCAAGUUUCACUGCUUUUUGUGGGGGUGCUGAAAUUGGUCAAGCCAUAGCAAAAGAUACACGAAUCCCUCUAGUGUCAUUCACUGGUAGCUCAAAGGUGGGUCUUUCAGUACAACAAAUAGUAAAUCAGAGGUUUGGUAAAUGCCUACUUGAGUUAAGUGGUAAUAAUGCUAUAAUUGUAAUGGAUGAUUCCGAAAUUGAACUUGUGGUUCGUGCUGUUUUGUUUGCUACGGUUGGAACAGCUGGUCAGUGCUGUACAACAUGCCGUAGGCUGCUUCUUCAUGAAAGUAUAUAUCACAAAGUAGUUGAACGACUUCUUGAUGUAUACAAGCAAAUUAAGAUAGGGGAUCCUUUAGAGAAGGGUACCUUGCUUGGACCAUUGCAUACACGUGCUUCAAGGGAGAACUUUGAGAAGGGAAUUCAGAAAAUUAUAUCGGAGGGAGGCAAGAUCCUUACAGGAGGUUCAGUUAUACCAUCUGGGGGGGAACUUUGUGAAGCCAACAAUAGUAGAAAUAUCUCCAAGUGCUAAUGUGGUGAAGGAAGAGUUGUUUGGCCCAAUU